GAGGCUAGAGAGCAGCGGCGACGGACGGAGCCUGGAGGCCCAGACGCUCCACAGGAAGGUCGUGGGUCUGCUCGAGGAGGCGAUGGGGCCAGGCCAGAGCCUCCGCCGCGCGCAGUCCAUCCAGGAGCAGACUGCAGCGGUCAGCCGUGAUCUGGACAGGACACGAGCCGAGGCAAAGCAGGAGAGGCUGCAGCGGUGGCGUCACUGGAUGGAGUCGUCGCCCCGGCAGGUACACACCUGGCUGACGCUGCCCCCAGACAUUCUUGUCUUCGAGGUGGAAGGGAAGCCUACCGGCUCCUCCGGGGAGUCGCUGGAGAUGCUGGUGCGGAGGUGGGGGAAAGCGUGGGGCCGCCCCCUGCCAGAGAAGGCGAAAUGGCCCGCUAAGGUGGCGCGCUGGGGGCCAAAGCUGCCGGCUCUGCCAGCGGGCGUGCUCUCCAAGAGCGCGGAGGCGAUGAAGAACGCGAACGGCGCGACGGCGAAUUUCGCCAAGUGGUACGCGAGGGUCCUCGACCCGAGGGCCGUCGAGCAUUCUUUCCGAGUGAACGGCGUGAAGAUCGAAGCGAACCAGUUUCGCUGCGCGCUCGUGUCCAGCGGACGCCAGCAGCGCGUGCUCGGGCUGGUGCCCGUCGACUUCAGGGACGGCGG